AUGGGUGUUAUAGAAAUCGAAAGUGAACAACAGUUCACCGAACUAACUAAGUCCAACGACUCCAAAUUAAUCGCAUUAUAUUUCCAUACUCCAUGGGCAGGACCAUGUAAAACCAUGAAUCAAGUCUACAAAACGUUGGCCGAAUCCAAAGCCCAAGAUCCAUCAGUGCUAUUCCUUUCCAUCAACGCAGAUGACUUGUCGGAGAUCAGUGAGUUGUUUGAUGUUAGUGCAGUCCCUUACUUUAUCCUAAUACGUAAACAAACCAUAUUGAAGGAGUUAUCAGGUGCGGAUCCAAAGGAGUUUAUCGCUGCUUUGAAUCAGUUUUCAAGCUCCAGCGACUCACAAUUAGCAAGUGGCUCCAGUGUGAAUGGAGUAAGCUCAGCUUCCAAUGGUACACCACCAGUUGCUGCCACAGAACCGGUCGAGGAGACGGAGGAAGCUUUGAAUGAGAGAUUAACAAAGUUGACCACUGCUGCACCUAUUAUGUUAUUUAUGAAAGGUUCACCAUCAAGUCCACAAUGUGGAUUCUCUAGACAACUUGUGGCCAUCUUGAGAGAACACCAAGUGAGAUUUGGCUUUUUCGAUAUUUUAAAAGAUGACUCAGUUAGACAAGGAUUGAAAAAAUUUAGUGAUUGGCCCACGUUCCCACAAUUGUACAUCAAUGGAGAAUUCCAAGGUGGAUUGGAUAUCAUUAAGGAGAACCUAGAGGAAGAUGACCAGUUUUUUGAAAACGCAGUAAAGGCUUAG